AUGACCAAUCCUUAUCCACAUCCAUCAUCUUAUCGCCGCCUGAACCAACCUCUCUCAUCAUCGUCGUACGCUUCAGUCGCUGCCGGCGUGGCUUCCCACUCGUCACCCGCUCGCUUCGGCGCCCUCUCCCACCUUCUCCACCCUGAAGACGACCCUCCGACGCGCAAUAACAUGGCUUCAAGCAAAUCACAAGACUCCUGGUCUAAUAGACCUUAUCUUUCCACAAAGAUACACGACCAGGAUGCCCCGCCAUCUCCCCCGCUGUUCAUCCGCCCUUCAUAUCUUCGCUCUUCGCGCCACGUCGAGAGGCUCGAGACUCAACACAAUCUAGAAGCCGCCGACUUUGACCAAUCGCGCCGCCAUCCUCAGCCUGCCUCGACGCCUCAGGAUCUUUCUGCGAACAUCGGCAGUGCCACCAUUCACAGAUCGAGGAAGGACAUCAUUCAGGAUUAUAUUGCUCGCAAUCCACUCAGAACAGGCGGUCCGAAGAAGCUGCCUACGUGUUGGAGCGACAUAGACAAAUGGCCUGGGCUCGAGCUGUCCGCUGGAGGUACAGAAGUCAAGUUCACAGGCUCUACCAAGACCAGCGAUGAGGCUGCCGCCAUACGAAGUGACCAUUUCAUGCCGAAAGAGGUUGGCAUAUACUACUUCGAGGUCACUGUCUUGUCUAGAGGAAAGGAAGGGUACGCUCCUCUAGCCACUUUGGAUACCCAACAUACUGACUGGCUAUCUUCCAGUUUGAUUGGCAUUGGUUUCUCCGGCCCAAAAGCUAGCCUCAACCGAUUACCAGGAUGGGAACCCGAGUCGUGGGCCUACCACGGUGAUGACGGCUUCAGUUUCUCUUGCACUGCUAGUGGAAAGCCAUAUGGUCCCAAGUUUGCUGCCUGGGACGUUGUGGGCUGUGGUGUCAACUUCGAGACCGGCAGCGCUUUCUUCACCAAAAACGGCGUCUUCUUAGGAGAAGCAUUUCAUAACGUAAAAGGCGACAAGCUGUAUCCUUCCGUGGGCAUGAAGAAGAACAACGAACACCUUCGAGUAAAUUUCGGCAGCGAUCCGUUCGUUUUCGAUAUCGACUCCAUGAUGGAGCGUCAGAGGAAUAGGGUGAAAGAAGAUAUCAACAAGACGUCUGCAGAUACGCUGGACACCAACCACGACGAGACACUAUUGGUUCAGGAACUCGUAGCGCAAUAUCUGGCUCAUGAUGGCUAUACCGAAACCGCUCGAGCUUUUCACAGAGAAGUCCAGGAGGAAAGAAAGCCUCUACACUUGGAAAGUGAUGGCGUCUCACUCUUCGAUCCUUCGCAAGACAUCCAUGCUUUGAGUCGACAACACAUACGCUCUGCCAUUCUCGAAGGCAACAUUGACACUGCACUAUCGUGGAUGACCGCCCUUUACCCUCACGUUCUGAAACGAGAUGAGAAUAGAGACGUCUACUUCAAGCUACGGUGUCGCAAGUUCAUCGAGAUGAUAUGCCGAGUAAACGACCUCUCAACCACAGAUUCGGCGCCCAUUGCUCCGAAAGCAGCCGGCAAGAUGCCUCGUAAAUCGUCGCACUCCAACGGCACUUCACUCGAUCAGCAGAUGGAGCUUGACGACCAAUUACAUCGAGAAUCGCAUGCGCCAAUCAUACCACCGAUUCCCGUCCCAUCGCCGUUCAACCCUGGAUUACGCUUCGACGGUGGUGCGAACGGUGAUGCUGGGAAGAACGACCCCAUGGAUACAGCGACCGGCGACUUCAAGCCUCUAUACUCCCGCUGGGACAGUGAGCAACUGCUCAUUGACGCACUGGAAUUUGGUCAAGAGUUGAAAGCUGAGUUUAGUAGCGACCCCCGACCUGCUGUCAAGAAAGCUUUGGAUGAUACCUUUGCUCUGAUUGCCUAUCAAGAUGCGCGGGAAUCUAUCGUAGGCGGGCUCAUGGAGGUUUCUCUCGGCAAGCCCUCGUCCGCCGCUCUGGAAAAGGUCGUUGCUCAAGCAGAGGUUUUAGUAGACAUGCUGAGUACGGAUGGCGGGCCUGGCGCGUUUGUCAAUGUACGAAAGGACUGUCUACAAUAA